GCUGUUUUUAAUCUCUUAAUUUGUUUUGAUCAUAAAUAAACAGUUCCUAGUGUUUGUGACAUCCAUGUUAGAUGUACAUCUCGAAUUUUUUUCAACAUUUGAAAUUUAAACAAUUACAUGACCUGAGCUUUGUAUAUAUAACAAAGAAUAGUGAGCUCUGUAACUCCAUAAUAAUUCGACGACUGGCACUCAAAUUUAUGUUGACUAUUAGAAAUACCGAAUUGAAGCAAUUAUUUGUGUAAUCAUUUCAAACGGAAAAGUACAUUUGACCUCAAUUGUGACCAAGCCCAUUUAACAAAUAUUAUUGUUUGAAAAUGCAUCUUAGACGGGUUCGAAAUAGUCAUCGUUUUAAGGACAUCAUUAUCCUGAUUUAAGUGCAGUACCUUAUUAUACUCAUGGCAUAUGAAUAAAGGUUUAGUACAGAAUAUUGUUUCAGGAGGAACAGUCGACUUUAGCAUUCAAGAAACCACUGAUACAGGAAAAAUGAAGUCUAUUUACGAGGUUUGCGGGGGUCCGUGGGGUGGCACCAUAGUUGACCAGCAAUUUAUUCAAUUUCUUAUCAAACUUGUUGGAGCAGAUGUGUUUACUGAGUUUAAGGAUAAGAGUAGGUCUGAAUACCUGGAGCUAAUGCGAAUCCUAGAAAUCAAGAAAAAGCAAGUUGAUUACAACUCACAGACCAUGAUCCCCAUAGGAGUACCAAUUGCUUUGUUUGAAAUUUUAGAAGAACAUACUGGAUGCAAUAUUUCAGAAAUAAUCUCAAUGUCUCCCUAUUCCAAUUCAGUUACAUAUUUGCGCGAUAAGUUAAGAUUUGAUGCAAGUUUGCUCAGAUCUUUUUUUAGAAGUUCGUUACAUAACAUAAUAUCUCACCUACGAGAUAUACUGGAAGAACCAGCCUGUCAAGAUUUGCUGGGAAUAGUGGUUGUCGGUGGUUAUGCAGACAGUCAGCUGGUCAUUGAGAGCCUUAAAGACGCUUUUCCCGGAAGACGAAUUAUCGAACCUAUGGAAUCUGGUCUUGCUGUAGCCAAAGGUGCCGUUCUUUUUGGUCAUGAUCCAUAUGUUAUUUGCUCACGUGUGUGUCGCUAUACAUAUGGAGAUGAUAUUUGUUUACCAUUUGAUAAAAACAAACACCCAUAUGGCAAUAUGACACAAAUAAACAAAGUGUGGUAUUGCAAAAAUAUUUUUCGAAAGUUUUUUUAAAAAGGAGAAAAUGUCUUUCUUGGAGAAAAACGAUCCUUUACUGCUGAUUUCGACUUCCGCGACAAAGGCAGAGUUUAUAUGCGGGAACAACUUUUGACAAUUAAAGUUUAUGUCUCAAAUCAAGCAAAUACUGUGUAUAUUGAUGAUGUUGGGUGUCGUGUUUUAGGUGAAAUAGUUGUUUUUUGUGAAAAUGAAAAGUGGCCAGAAAUGUUUACAUGUACAAUAGAAAUGGAAAUAGCAGGAACUGAAAUUCAAGUUACUGCAAGCAUAAGCACUGGAGAGAAAGCAGAAGCAAGUUUAACUUUUUUUAUAAGUUUUGACUAAAAUGGCUGGUAAUUGAAAAUUUACUUGUAAU